AGGAAAGAGAGAGAGAGGAGCAAGUUAACAAAGACUGGAGAAAUGCCUGGCUAGGGUUUGGUUUUGGAGGAAUUGAACAACGAUCUCGAUCCACCAACGAGUUAUCUGCAGUAAUUCGGUCGGAGACUCAGUUCCGUUCCCGAGUUUGGACGGCGGCGGCGACGGGAAAGAAUGGCCUCUACCCGGUAAACGUCUCCGUUCACUGUUUUUUUCACUCUCUGGGUAAAUCAUUUUGAGAAAUUAGUGAAAUGGUUAUUAGAAAGCAACUUUGCAGCAAUUGCUAUCUCUUGUUUCGUCCUCACACCAAAUGCUUAUCUUCAGCAACCGUAGAAUCAAGUUUCAAUGACAUAGAAACCCAAAUUAGAUCAUUAUGUGAUAAAUCCAGUCCCCGACUCGAAGAUGCUUUGCUCCUCUUUAAUCAAGCUGUUGAAAUUCACGGCCUGCCUUCUCAAUCAACAUGCGAUUUUCUUUUACAAACAUUUUCACAGUCAAAGAAAUAUAACAUGGUUAUCAAUGUCUACAAUAAGAUGAAGGGUAUUCAAGUUUUUCGCAGUUUCAUAUCAUUGCAAGUUCUGAUCGAGUUUUUCCUGCAUUCAAAUAAGCCCGGUUUUUCUUUUGGAGUGUUGGGCACGAUGGUGAAGUGUGGUUUUCAAGUUAACACAUUUUGUAUAAAUGUUGUUUUAAAUGGACUUUGUCGAAAUGGUGAUACUUCAAGAGCUGUAAAGGUUUUCAAUGAAUGGUGCAGAGGGUCUGUAUUGCCUGAUGUGAUUACUUUCAGCACUCUUAUGAACGGGUUUUGUAAAAAGGGUCGAAUGGGAGAAGCAAUGGAUUUAUUUGAUGACAUGAAGCUGAGGGGCCUCAAUCCGAAUGUUUUUACUUACAACACUCUUAUGAACGGGCUUUGUAAGGAGGGUCGAAUGGGAAAAGCAAUGGAUUUGUUUGAUGACAUGAAGCUGAAGGGCUUCAAUCCGGAUGUUUUUACUUACAACACUCUUAUGAACGGGCUUUGUAUAAAUGAUCGAAUGGGAGAAGCAAUGGAUUUGUUUGAUGACAUGAAGCUGAAGGGCCUCAAUCCGGAUGUUUUUACUUUCAACACUCUUAUGAACGGGCUUUGUAUAAAUGAUCGAAUGGGAGAAGCAAUUGAUUUGUUUGAUGACAUGAAGCUGGAGGGCCUCAAUCCGGAUGUUUUUACUUACAGCACUCUUAUGAACGGGCUUUGUAAGGAGGGUCGAAUGGGAAAAGCAAUGGAUUUGUUUGAUGACAUGAAGCUGAAGGGCCUCAAUCCCAAUGUGAUUACUUUCAACACUCUUAUUAACGGGCUUUGUAAAAAGGAUCGAAUGGGAGAAGCAAUGGAUUUGCUUGAUGACAUGAAGCUGAAGGGACUCAAUCCGGAUGUUUUUACUUACAGCACUCUUAUGAACGGGCUUUGUAUAAAUGAUCGAAUGGGAGAAGCAAUGGAUUUGUUUGAUGACAUGAAGCUGAAGGGCCUCGAUCCGGAUGGUGUUACUUACAACACUCUUAUGAACGGGCUUUGUGAAAAUGGUCAAAUGGGAGAAGCAAUGGAUUUGUUUGAUGACAUGAAGCUGAAGGGCCUCGAUCCCAAUGUGAUUACUUUCAACACUCUUAUUAACGGGCUUUGUAAAAAGGAUCGAAUGGAAGAAGCAAUGGAUUUGUUUGAUGACAUGAAGCUGAAGGGACUUAAUCCGGAUGUUUUUACUUACAACACUCUUAUGAACAUGUGUUGUAAAAAAGGUCAAAUGGAAGAAGCAAUGGAUUUGUUUGAUGACAUGAAACUGAAGGGCCUCGAUCCGGAUGGUGUUACUUACAACACUCUUAUGAACGGGCUUUGUGAAAAUGGUCAAAUGGAAGAAGCAAUGGAUUUGUUUGAUGACAUGAAGCUGAAGGGCCUCAAUCCCAAUGUAAUUACUUUCAACACUCUUAUUAACGGGCUUUGUAAAAAGGAUCGAAUGGAAGAAGCAAUGGAUUUGUUUGAUGACAUGAAGCUGAAGGGACUCAAUUCGGAUGUUUUUACUUACAACACUCUUAUGAACAUGGGUUGUAAAAAAGGUCAAAUGGGAGAAGCAAUGGAUUUGUUUGAUGACAUGAAGCUGAAGGGCCUCGAUCCGGAUGGUGUUACUUACAAUGCACUUGUCGAUGGAUUUUGCAAAGCUGGGAAUUUCGACGAGGGAAAGAAACUUUACGAUAUGAUGUUGGAAAAAGGAGUUGAACCGAACACAUUCAUUUAUUCAAGUUUAUUACAGUAUCUUUGCAAAAUGAGGCGAUGGGAGGAAGCUAGCGAGUUAUUCAAUGUUAUGUCACACCGAGGAAUAAAACCGGAUCUGGUAAUCUAUAACGUUUUAAUCGAUGGGCUGUGUAGAGAUGGAAGGCCUAUGGAUGCCAUGCUGUUAGUAGACUUAAUGGAGGAGAAUGGUGAAGAGUUAGACAAAAUAACAUAUACUUCACUAAUCAAUGGAUUUUGUAAAUCUGGAAUGGUUACCGAAGCUUUAAGAGUCUUUGAAAGAAUGACUAAAGGGAAUAAUAAUAAACUCGACAUUGUUUCUUACAAUUUAUUAGCUCGGGGGCUUUGCAAGAUUGGGAAGGUUGAUGAGGCGGUGAGGUUAGUAUCUUUGAUGUUGAAAGACGAGAAUCGUGUAGAGCCAAAUCAUCAAUUGUUAACAGCUUUAAUUCACGGGCUAUGUAAAGAAGGUCAUCUAAAGAAAGCGAUGGAGAUUCAUCGUGAAAUGAACAUGAGAGAAAUAUUUCCUUUUAAUAUACUAAUACAUGCUCAUUUGAAGAAAGGAGAUGUCGGUGAAGGAAUGAAGUUAUUGAAGAACGGCCUUGAAAUGGGAUUAGUUCUGGAUUCAUACACUUAUUCAGCUUUGAUAAAUGGAUUCUGCCGAUUGAGAAUGAUGAACAUUGCGAAAGGUCUUUUGAUUCACAUGACUGUUCGUGGAAUUCUGCUUACAGCUCAUCAUUACAACAAGUUACUAGAAAUUCUCUGCAAAGAAGGUAGUUUGGAGGAGGCAAAGGGUUUCUUUUUAGCGAUGAGCAAAACAGACAGUAAACCGAAUGUUGUAUCCUUUAAUACCAUAAUUCAUGCAACUCUAAGAGCGAAUGAUCUACAAUCGGCGAAACAAUUAUUCGAGGAAAUGCUUCAAAUGGGCGUGGAACCUGAUGUUGUGAUCUUUUCAACACUUGUAAAUGGCUUUAUGAAAUUAGGACACUGGCAGGCGGGAAAAGCCACCUUCGAGAAGAUGGUGGCUUGCGGUUUUGGUCCUACUGCUGCUGUAUACGAUUCUUUGCUAAACGGUUUUCUUGCGAUGGGUGAAAAGGAAGAAAUAAUUUGUUUACUUAGACGGAUGGCAGCUGAGGGGUUUCGUCUUGACGAAGAAAUUACUUAUACAAUUGUGAAAUGUUUGUGUCUUUUUUCUGAACAUGAUAAUAUUGAAGAGAUCUUGCCUAGUUUUCAACAGGAGGUUUCUAAGGUAGUUUGAGAAGAAAAUAGAAGAAUUGUAUUGAAUGAAGUGCCAAUACUUUUAGAAUUGAAAUUGUCAA